UUUCGUUUUCAGUGGAAGUUCUUGCUUCGAUUGGGGAAGACGUUUUUUGCGAUUUCCGAUUUUCGGAGAGUAAUGUGGGUGUAUUCCGCGGCGCGGAUGUGAAAGUUUCUUGUGUAAACUACUAUUUAUUGGAAAUAAAAAGAAUGGUUUAAGACAAAAGCACUUGCAAUUUGUAGUUAAUUGCUGAAGCGUAACUGCAAAUACCGAGCGCAUCCAUUGUUCGUGUGUGCCAAAUCUACAGCAACAUAAGCUAUCAAACAGUCAUACGUAUAGUCACUCAGUCAGUCAGACAGACAGUCAUUGAAUUACACAUGCACUUGCAAAUCAAUUGCACGACAACACUUACAGCAACAACAACAAUAACAACAACACCAUGCAAAUAUAGCAAAUCAAGAGCGCUGGAAUAAUUAAUAUUGGAAAUUUGCGUUUGCUCAUUGUAGUAAAAACAUAAAAAAAUAAAACAAAAAUCAAAAACAGCAAUAACAAAAAUAACAACCACCAACCGAAACAAAACACCAAAGGAUUCAUGUUUUAAGUAAAGUAGCAAAUAAAGUGAUUGCUUUACACUUUCUCUCGCUAAAAAUUGCAAACCAUUUCAAAUGCAAAAUCAUAAAAUGCACCAAAAAACACUAGAAACAAAUGCAAAAACUGUGAAAAUGUCAACGGAAGCCGGCAAUAGUCGCACAACAGUGCAGCGCCAUACCAGCACCAAUCAUAUACGUGGCCAUAUCUUCAGCUGGAGCGCGCUGUUUGCGCUAUUGGCUUGGUGCGCUUUGGCCAGCCAGACGCAAGCGUUCGAAUUGGGCAACGAGUUGAAUCUCAAGCCGACAAACUACGCAGAAUUGAAGAAGAAUGUCACGUACGUCAGCUCGACCGCAUACAAUGCGCGUGGCAUGCAGCCUCUCUACGAUAUCACACAUAAAAUUAUUUGGUUCUUCACCGGUGAACAUCCACUGCCAGAAGGCUACCUCGUGGUCAAGGAAAACGACAUUGAAUUUGGUCCGAAAGUUGAGCGCAACGAAUGGAUUGAUUUGGUCAAACAUUAUUGGCUAAUAUGGCUAAUUGUUUUGCUUGUUGGACUGCUAAUUGUUACAAUGCCAGUUGUGGGCUUAUGCUUUUGCUGUUGUCGCUGCGCUGGUGCUUGCGGUGGACGCUCGGAGCCGUUUGACAAGAAACAUGACACCUGCCGCCGUGUGUUCUUGGGAUUUUUGCUUAUCGUAUUGGCAACAGGUUUGCUUUUCGGCGUUAUAGUCACAUUCGCAACGAACAGUUAUAUGCAACAGGGUAUUGAGAAAAGCACAAAUCGCGUACGUGAUGCCAGCAAUGAUACGCGCACAUUUUUGGAAUUCACAUCGGAGCAAGUCGAUCACGUGCUCAUCACGAACUACAAACAAUUGUCCAUUCAGCUGGACAAUAUAAUGCGCGAAACAUCGAGUUUCAUCAUCAAAGAAUUGGAACAGAAAUCGAUGGCUGUUUCGCUCAUCUAUCUAACAGACUUUCUAGAAAAACUGCCAGAGCUUAGACUAAAAUUACAGAAAAUGAAAAGCAUCACCAACGAAUUGCGCGUUUACGCCUCACAAUUGAGCGAUGGUUUGCGUGGCGUGAAGCGCGAUUUAUUGGUAAUGCUGACGAAAUGCAAUAACAAAGCCUGCCAGGAUGUGCUCAACAAGUAUGAGAUCGGAAAGCUUGAUGCUAACGGUAUACACUACGAUCAGAUGGUAGACCGUUACUUUCCAAAGCUGCCGGAUGUAACAGAAAUCAUCGAUAAUUUAGAUAACUUGAUUAGUAAGGACAUAGCCUCGGCUGGAAAGCGUGGACGUGAUAUACUCAAUCAAAUGCGCGCACAUCUCAAUACAACAAUUGCUAAAUAUACACCAAAAAUAAUUGAUUCAAUAAAUAAAGCAGGUCAUGCUUUCCAACACGCCUCAAACGAAAUCAAAAUGGAACUUAACAAACUUUCACAAGUUAUUAAAGACAAUACUAAGAAAUAUACAGGCGUUGCCGAUGAUUAUUUAGAGGAAUAUGGACCAUAUCGUUUGUACUUUGGCAUCGCUGUGUGCUCUAUAUUGUUAAUGAUUUUAUUCUGCGUAGUCGCUGCUUUGUUCUGCGGCAUUUGUGGUAAACGGCCGGACGGUUAUGGCGAUGAUUGCUGCAAUAAGGGCUCCGGCUCACGGUUUUUGAUGAUUGCUGUAGCGUUGAUUUUCCUCUUCAUAUCACUGGUUGCUUUCGUAACGCUGGUGCACUUUUUGAUUGGUCUAAUCGCCUAUCGCGGCGUAUGUCUUCCAUUAAAGGACCCUCAAAAUGACGAGAUAUUCGCACAAUUCGACAACGCAAUUGACUUAAAUAACGUGCUGUAUCCACCGCAAAAUAAAGGCAAACCGACCUCAGGUGGUUUACCACCAUUACGCAUUUCACACGUGAUCACAGCAUGUCAACGCAAUCAAACCAUCUACGAAGUGUUGCACAUACACAAUCGCAUUGAUAUACAUGAAAUUAACGAUUAUCCAGCACAAUAUAAAAUCAAUCAGACACUGGACGAGCUAGUAGAUGGCAUAUCAUUUGACGACACCGAUAUCGAGAUUUUAAGUAACGAAGAUAAACAACGCAUACUGAAUUUGGCCGAUUCGGCAUUGAAGAAUUUCGACUCCGCCCAAUACAUUGACAAUCUGAACGAUACCAUAACCAAGCAUUCGUUAACAGAAAUUGCUCAAGAAUUGCGUCAGACCGCAAAGAAAAUCGAAAAAAGUGAAGACAUGAAAGACGUACAGGUGAGUCUGCGCAAUCAGGCUUUGCAUUUGGAUACCUACGAACAAAAUUGGGUCAUACCAAUGAAGAAUCAAUCGGUGGAACUUAUACGGCUAGCCAACGAUUUGGAUCACAGUCUACGCUAUAAGGAUCGUCCCUUCCAGGAGUCCAUACCGUUGCUGGUCAGUGAGAUUAAGCGUGCACAGUUGUUCUUCCGCGUGGACGGACGUCAAUUCGUUAAGAAUACAGCGGUAAAUUUGACGCACUAUUUUGCUAGCGAAAUAGAGAACUACUUGAGAAUGGUUGUGUUGGCCGUGGAGAAGAAAAUCGGCUUGUGUGCACCACUAGCGAAUGUCUAUGACUCUGGUGUGGUGGGAUUGUGUAGCGCUAUUGUUGAUCCAUUGAAUGGUUUCUGGGCUGGUGCCGCGCUGUGUGUUGUACUGUUUUUGCCCACGCUUAUGGUCGCAGUCAAAUUGGCUAGUUUAUAUCAGAAGUCGGACCCAUAUCCCGGUCCACUAGUGGAAUCGGAGUAUUUGUAUGACGCAUAUAGUGAACGUGAUCAUAUUCCAUUGGCAAAUGGACCAAAGAACAAGCGCCGAAAGAAUAAAGACCGUAGACGCGGUCGUGAAUACUACGAGGAUCCUGUCGCUUCCACGGCGCAUGGAGUGCCACCAACUGUCGGUGUGCGUGAUACGCGUUACAGCGACAUGGCACCCAAGCAUUGGGAUGGCGGCCCACCGAGAUAUCAAAAUCCACCAAUGGCACCACCUGCCUCCGAGUACGAACGCCCACCGCCAUAUUACUAUCCGGGUGCCACGGAGCAAGACUAAGUAAUACAGAUUGAGAUACAUUUUUAAAAUGUCGCCAACAGACUAGCCAGCAGCAAAUACAACAAUAAAAAAUAAAUGCAAUAAUAACAAUAAACGCUGUGUGGAGAGAUAAUUUGAAGAUUUGUGAAAUGCCUGUGCCGUUGUAGAGGAGGCGGGCGACAGUGCGGUGCAGUGCAACCGAAAGACUCUCGUACAACAAUAACAAAGCAUUAUGUGCACACAUUGCGUGCGUUCAAAAGUUAUUAAUAGCGUUUCAUUUCCAAAACGCAUUUGUUUUCGAAACUUGUGGAAUUCAAAUUGAUUACGGCAGCAGCGGCGGCACACUUGCCCACACCACAACCACAACAGUUUUUCUACUCUCAAAGCAAAAAAAAAUAUAAACAAACAAUCAAAAAACGAAGCAUAUUUUAGCGAAUAAUAAAAAAAAAACAAAAACAAUUAAUACUUAAAGAAGUGAAAACAAUUUCUUGAUUGCACAUAAAAAAAUGUUGGUUUCAAAAACCGAAAAGCGUGUGGAAACGUUAUAGCUACAUAAAUAUAUAGAGGAAAGGAAAUAUAAUGAAAUUUUCAAAGCAAAAACAAAAAGGAAACAUAGAUAACACAAAAGAAAAACGAAAAUAAAAACACCGCCAUUAUGCAUUUUCAUUCCAACGCCCCCGACACACAAACAAACAUACAUAUGUAGAGUAGAUGCUCGAAAAUCGUUUCGAAAAUCUCAAGUAUUUUAGUUAGUUUUAUAUAUUGAAGUGUUAUUCAAGUAUAUAUAUAUGUGUAUGUAUAUGUGAAAUGAGACUGUAUUUGUUAGGUUUUGUAAACACUUUUAAUGAGUUGAUGAGUUCAUGUCUCAUUAGCUGCAUAUAAAUAUAUAUAUUUACCUAGGUACUCACACACACACACACACAAGAUUAUUUUAAAACAUGCCACAAUUCGUGUAUUUGAAUUUUAGAAUUAUAAUGAUAAUGAUAAUAAAAAAUUAUACUAUUUAAUAUUGAAUUCAUAAAUUUAUUAUAAGCAUUUAUAAACUGUAUGUGUACACCAUUCAAUUAAUUGCAAGUGUUUGUUAGAUUUUAAAAUAUAUACUAUAUUUAUGUAUACAUAAAUGUACCAAUUAAAUGAGAAUGAGAAAAAAAACAAUAACAAUUUGAAUUGUGUAAUGAACCAUUUAUAAUGAAAUGAACGAAUUUUUUUUAAUUAUUACAACCAAAUGUUUUUUUAUAUUUACAAAAUAAAUCAUAAAAAUGCUGUAGACGACGUUGCGAGCACAUCACUUUAUAUUAAGUUUAAAAGGGGGUUUCUUUACAUAUAUUCUCGGCAACUUUAAUGAGCAGAGUUGCUUAACGGCAAUAAAAUAUGACACAAAAAUUGUCGUUUGUUAAGUAUGCAGCCGGCAAGGGCAAUGUUAGUGAGUUUUUGCUGCAGCUGAUAAGCAGAUAAGUAAUAUGUUGGCAGCAAAGCAAGUAUUUGUAGAAUUUCGAAGACAGAAGUUCCGUUUAAAAGUGAGAUAAUGCAUAAAUGCGAGUUUGCAACAAAUAUAAAAGACACUACUAAGCUGCCUCGUCACUACUGCGCGUACAGAUAAUACAGCAGCAAGCAUAUUAUAAUGUACGCGCGGAAGACAUUGCAUUUUUAUGAUAUGGAGAGCGUGAAAAUAUGCAGUAAGUUGAGGGUUUUGAAUAAAUAAAUAAAAAAGUAUAAAAAUUCAAAAACAAAGUAUUCAUAAAUAUUAAGGGUGAUAUUGAUAGACAAAAACAAUAAAAAGAAAGCAACAAAAAAAAAUAAAAUUAUGAAGGAGAUGUAGAAAAUAUGUAGCGGAAUGGGAAGCUAGCUUAUAGAUUGAUAUGUGAGUUGCAUAUAAAAAAUCGUUAGUAACAGAGAAGCAAUGCUCAUAAUUCUAAAUUUAAUUUGUUUAUUUUUCACUAAAAAGUCACUCAGUAAAUUUUCUAUUGAUUUUUUGAAAACUUCCAAACAAAAAGUAGAUGAGAGUUGAAACCAAAUGAUAAUUGCAGCAUACAAAUAUUCAACGGAUAAUAUGAAACCAAGCUGCUAUAUGGGUUAUGUUGAAUUAUAAUGUUAUUAUACUGUAAUUAGGUUUCACUCCAUGCUUUCUUGGCAUGUAUGCAUUUCUGGUUAUUAUUAAAGCUGCGAGUCAUUGAAGUGGCGCUAAUGAAUAAUAGAAAUCCAUUGUACUAAAUAAAAAAUUUAAAUAUAGAUGUUCUAACAAACUCAUGACUAAUUCUCACUGUGUGGAGUUUAAAAAAAAAAUAUUAACAGAAAAGUUUAACAAAUUUUUAAAAAUUUUAAAUAAAAUUUAAAUUGAAUAUUUUAUUGAACAGUCUAGAUAUCGCUUUAGGCUUUCUUACAAUUUUUUUUAAUAGUUUUAGAAUAUCAAAAAAAUAAUAAUAGUAAGCUGCAGCCAAAUGUCCAAAGUCUAAAUGUGAACAGCUGUUGAAGUCAGCUGAUUUGUGCUUCAAAUUUUUCUAAAAAUAAAUAUUUGUUUAGUUAGAUAGUAUAUCAGUAGAAACUUGAAUGGUUGUUUUCGCAGGGUUACAGUAUGGCAAUUGGAUUUAAAAUCGAGUGAGCAUUCUGGAAUUUGAAGAAAAAAUUAUUUUAAUUUUAAAUCAAUUUAUUUCUCUUUCUUUUAUUUAUAAAAUUGCUCAAGUAGUAAAAAACAAAAUUUUGGAUGCUUUUUUUAAAUUACUGCCGCGUUUAUUUUUUCUGCCAUUGAACAGAAUAUAAAAAAAAGUUGAAAAAAUAAAGUAAUGCAAAAUAAUUUAAGGUUAGAAAAAAGUCAAAUGAAAUCUUGCAACAAAAAAAAAAAAACAUUGAAAAAGGUAAACAAAAGUACCGUAAUGAGUUAUAUGAAAGCAGUAACAUACAGUAAGCAUUUAAGGCGCAUGUUGAACGGUUUUAAACUGCCAUUUAAAAUAAAAAUAAAAAAUAUAUAUAUAUUAAAAUACUUGAAUAAUAAAAAUAAAAUAGAUUUUGAACAAGUAAAGUUGUAAAAACAAAAGCAUAAUUAACACGAACCCAUGCGAAAAUGCAUUUUAACUGACGCAAAUGUUGUAUAUUAUCAAACAAUAUUAUUAUGUAUUAAAUAAACACACUUGCAGUAUACAUAUAUUUACAAACAUAUGUAUGCAUGUGCAACUCUAUGCUAUGUAUGUUAAGUUAAGCAAAUAAAAAACGUAAUAAAUAAAGAAAAUUUGAAGAAAAAACAAUAAAAAAUAAAAAUGUUUACAGCGUGAAUAUUUACUUUGUUUUUCAAGACAAAAAAGACAAACAAAAAAAUUGGUAUGCUCACAUGAAAUUUAUACUUAUGAAUGUUCUAUUACCAUUAUAAUAUUGAAAAGACAAGCAAAGCGUUUAUUAUACUUGCUAUAAAAUAUAUUAUAUAUAUACAACUUUAUUGAUAUUAUUAUAGGAAAUAUGACGAGUGCACCUUUGACUUGUUGUACGCAUUUAAUUUUCACCUAAGUAAAAAGUAAACUUUGUCUGUCUGCAAUGUACCAAUUUCAAGUGACUGGAUUUGAUUUAAACUUGUAUCUUUUUUAUAAAAAAAAAUAAAUAAAUAAUAUAGAAAAAAUAUUUUAUAAAAAAAUUAUAAUUAUUAUAUACAAUAUAAAUUUAAAUAUAAAUAUAAAGAAAAAAUAAUAUUUUAUCCCUUUUCCAUUUUGCUUUCUCGUAUAUUACACAUUUUACUUGUAACACCGUCUCGUAUUUAUAUGUAAGUGUGUGUUCACAAUGAUGUUGAAAUUAAAAAAAAAAAUGAAUUACGAAAGCAAAUCUAGUAUAAAAA